AUGGCAUCGCUAGAUGCGCGGGUAUCAAUCAUCCACGCAGCGAAGAUAGCCGGAGAGCUCAACAACUGGAAGGCGCUUACCCCAUUUCUUGGCCUGAGUCCGCCGCAAGAGACGGAGAUCGAGAAAUCGAGCGGCGACUACGGCGAACAGAAGCGCGCGGCCCUGCUAAAAUGGACAGGAGCUACUGACGACAUGAUCCAAGUGGCAACCUACCUCUCUCCUCUCUCGAAAGAAGAUAUCAAGAAGCUGGGAAGAUUACUCGGACUCAGUGACAUGAGAGUUAGGAACAACUACGAUGGAACCUCUGCUAGCACCUACCUGGACUCCAUUCUUACUGCGUGGUUUGGGAAAAUGGAUGACGUCGCUCAAAAAGGAGGACCAAAAUGGAGUGUCUUAGUGAGAGCUCUGAGGCAUACUCUUCUUGGGCAGAAUGGAAUAGCAGAAAAGAUUCGCACUGAGACCCUCUGUUAGAUUUAGUAUAUUAUAUAUAGCUAUAGUUUUUGGUCUUAAAUUUUUAAGCUAUUAGUUUUUUUAUACCUACUAUAAUAUAGCUGCCUCAUUGAUUUUGUAUGAAGCCACUGCAGUUGUUUUAAAUCAACCAACAAGCAUAGUAAAUCUGCUAUAUAGUUCAAGUUUUGAUUGCCCUGAUCAUUUAAUUCCUCCCACCUCUUGUGCACUCAUCGACGUCAACAAUGAUUAUACAUCAACGGAUACAUACAUACAAUGAUAAUGAGGUUAACUAUGUGACUCCAGUGACAUGGCAAUCAUCUUCAAAUCAGCGUUCUCAGUCAGCAGCCUCUCAAUAUGCUCCUGGUAGUUUUCCAAGACUUGUUUGUGAGUAACCAGCUCAUCUUUCGCCUUCUUACACUCGCUCGUGACUUCGUCGAGAUCCUGUGAUCGCUCCGCCAGUAGAAUCUUUGUCUGCGUCAGUUGAGAUAUCAGGUCUUCGUUUUCUGCCUGAACACGUGCCAGUUGUUGACUGUCGUGUAAGAGUUUUCGGAGUUCGUUUGCUCGAGAUUUAGCAGUGGGGCUGUCCAUCGACUCCCUCCGCUGCGGAUGAUGAUGUUGGGAGGUUGAGAGAGGAGGGAGAUGGGGG